GGCUACUGGCUAUAUAUUUGAAUAACGUGAUGGGUUGAUCGAUCGGCUAACAUCACACAGUGCAUCCGGCAGUGAUUUGGAGCUAGCUAACAUCACGUAGGCGGCUCGGCGCUUCUUGGAAAUGGUCAAGCGAGCCGUCCAGUACGCCAUGGUGGAUGCCUUCACGGGCGAGCCGUUCAAGGGCAACCCGGCGGCGGUGUGCCUCCUGGAGGAUGACGACGCCGACGACCGGUGGCUGCAGUCCAUCGCCGCGGAGUUCAACGUAUCCCAGACGGCCUUCCUCUCUCGCUGCGACGCCAGCUCCAACUCGUCCACCCCGCGGUUCCGCCUCCGCUGGUUCAGCCCCGCCGUCGAGGUCGCGCUGUGUGGCCACGGGACACUUGCGUCCGCCCACUUCCUCUUCACCGCCGUCCUCGCGGAGCAGCACGACGUGGUCGAGUUCGUGACACAGUCCGGGAUCCUGACCGCCCGGAAGGUUCCCGCUGCUAGCUCGCUGCCACGGGUGACGAAGGCCGAGGAGGGGAAGCCGUUCAUCGAGCUGGAUUUCCCCACGGGUGAUGUUUUCGUGGACUGUAGCUCCACCCAUGAACACGAGCUGCCGUCCAUAUUCCAGAAGGCCGCGCCCGUCGUCAGCGUUCACCGAGCGGCGUUCACCGACGACUUCAUUGUGGAACUUUCAUCAGGAGAAGAGGUCGUUGAGGUCGUCCCUAACAUGGAACAACUUAAGAAGUGUGCUGGCAGAGGUGUUAUUGUCACAGGACAGGCACCACCUAGAUCGGGUUAUGACUUCUUCUCACGUUUCUUCUCCCCAAAAUGGGGGAUAGAUGAGGACCCGGUUUGUGGCAGUGCACAUUGUGCCGUAGCACCAUAUUGGGCUCGCAAGCUGGGGAAACAGAAACUUACAGCUUUUCAAGUAUCUAAAAGGACUGGAACGCUAUAUCUAGAGUUUAACGCUGCAAAUCAGAGGAUAAAAAUUCAAGGCCAGGCUGUUACUGUGAUGGUUGGGACACUCCUAGCAUAGCUAGCAUAUAUUUCCAUCUACUGGUUAAAUGCUAGUGCCCCACUAUGGGCCACCAAAAAAUAUUUAACUUCGUGUGUUCGCAUGAAAGUUGUGAAGCUUCUGAAGACUCCAGGAAAAUGCAACUUAUAACUUCUCGAAUGAAAAACUUGACAAUUAUUUGUACCUC